AUGGGCCUUCUGAAAAUUGUACGAAAAGUGAAGGAGCAGGAGCGUGAGAUUCGCUUAUUGAUACUGGGCUUGGACAACGCAGGGAAGACUACAGUGCUGCUGAGAUUCAACGGGGAGGACAUCUCUCAGAUUCCACCCACUGUUGGAUUCAACAUCAAAACUAUUCUCUUCAAUGAUUAUAAGUUGAACAUCUGGGACGUUGGCGGGCAAAAAAGUAUCCGUAGCUUCUGGAGGAACUAUUUUGAAGCUACUGACGGUCUGGUUUGGGUUGUUGAUUCGCUCGACCGUCAUCGCCUGUCUGAUUGCAAGGAAGAGCUCCACAAGUUGCUUAGAGAAGAGCGUCUUGCUGGCGCUUCUCUCCUGAUCCUUGCGAACAAGCAGGACAUCGCUGGCGCCCUCUCCCCUGAAGAAAUCCGCAAGGUGGGUGAAUGA